AUGCGAGGUACUAUUAAUCCAAACUCUUUGUUGUUUGAUCCAGAAUUAGAAAAGACAAUUAGGAAGAACAGGAAGACAGCAAGACAAAGGAAGCUACAAGAAAGGGGUGAAUCUAGUGUGACAAUUCAGGAAGAGGUCAUGGAAGAAAAUCACAGACCACCACCACAUAGGACAUUGGGAGAUUACAUGACUCCCACUGUCAUUCCACCGAUUGGGAGUGUAGUUCGACCUACUGUGGAGCCCGACAACUUUGAGUUGAAACCUGCAUUAGUACAAUUGGUGCAGAAGGAACAAUUUGCUGGCACCAGUGCAGAAGAUCUAUAUCUGCACAUUGAGAACUUCUUACUUUUGAGUACGGUGAAGAUCAAUGGUGUGACUAGAGAUGCCAUCUUGUUAAGAUUGUUCACACAUUCACUGAAGGAUGAUGCAAGAAGAUGGUUACAAUCACUACCUCAAGGAAGUAUCACAACUUGGGAUGAUCUGCAGACUAAGUUCUUAUCCCGGUUCUUUUCAGCAUCAAAGAGGCCGAAAUUGAAGAAUAAGAUUACAGGGUUUAAGAGAAAAGAAUCAGAGUCUAUCUAUGAAUCCCGGGAGAGAUUCAAGACACUUUUGAGGAAAUGUCCACAACAUGGAAUCGAAGUAUGGAAUCAAGCAGCAAUAUUUCUCCAAGGGUUGACAACAAACACUAGGACAUUGGUAAAUGCCAUGGCUGGUGGUUCAUUGACAACCAAGACGCCUCAGGAAGCCCUUGACAUAUUUGAAUCUCUAGCAUCUCAAGAGUUCGAUAAUGCUCCGGUGAAUGACAGAGGAACAAGAAUUAUAAAACUUGAUGGUUAUGAUGCUUUGUUAGCCAAGAAUGAUCAGAUGAUGCAAGUGCAAAAACAACAACAACAACAGUUGGAUACUCUCACUAAGCAGCUAUCUUCUCAAAAGGUUGCUUCUGUAGACACUAAUCCUGUGUGUGCAAUUUGUGGGAAAAGCCAUGUUACAGACGAUUGUGAUUAUGGGGGAUCUGUUGAACAAGCAGAAGUGAAUGGGGGAUGGUAUGAUCAGAGGAACCAUAACAACCAGGGGCAAAAUGUAUAUGUUCCACCAUGGGAGAAUAGGAAUCAACACCCAGGGUUCAGUUAUAGUUCUAAUCACCAGUUGAAUCCUCCACUGCAUCCUCCUCCACAUUCUUCACAACAAGGUGAUACCUCUGCAUGGGAGAAAGCUUUUGCCCAGUUAUCAAAGACUACUCAAGAUUAUAUUAAGGGGUCAAAUUCUUUCAGAGAAGAAACUUAUGCAUUCAUGCAAGAGACAAAAAUAGCAUUCAGGAACCAGGAAGCAUCCAUCCGGAAUUUGGAGACCCAAAUUGAAAAAGUUGAGAAAGAUAGGAAAGAAGAUGAGGUAGUUGUGGAAAAUAAUUCUUCACCCCAGAAGUUGAUGAAGUGGGAGAAGAAGAAAAUGACUGACAAGCAGGACCAGCCAGUUAAUCUAUCUCCAUAUGCCAAAGUUCCUUAUCCUCAGAGGUUGAAGCAAGAAAUUCAGAAACAACAUUAUGCAAGAUAUCUGGGUAUUUUCAAGAAAUUACAGAUCAACAUUCCAUUUGCUGAAGCUUUGGAGAACAUGCCCCACUAUGCAAAAUUUAUGAAGGAUCUUUUGUCUAAGAAGAGGAAGUUGAAAGAUGGUGAGACUGUGGCGUUAACGGAGGAAUGUAGCGCCCUGAUUCAGAAGAAGCUUCCUCCAAAGUUAAAAGACCCAGGAAGUUUCAGCAUUCUUAUCGCUAUUGGAGAUGUGGAAGUAGGAAAAGCACUUUGUGACUUGGGGGCAAGUAUAAAUUUGAUGCCAUUGUCUGUCUGCAGAGCGUUGGAGAUUAACAAGUUGAAAGACACUAAUAUUAUUCUGCAUCUAGCCGAUAGAUCAAUUAAGAAACCAGAAGGGGUGGUAGAAGAUGUUCUGGUCAAGGUGGAUAAAUUCAUCUUCCCUGUGGAUUUUGUUAUACUUGAUAUGGAAGAGAAGGAUACUGAAAGUCCUCUAUUCCUAGGGAGACCAUUCUUAGGCACUGCAAGAUCCCUGAUUGAUGUUGAACAAGGGAAGAUGAUGUUAAGGGAGGUUGUGGAAGAAGUGAUAGGAGAAGAAGACUUUUCACUUGAGAAAGACAAAUUCAAGGAAGAGACAAGUGUGGAAUAUUAUCAGGAAGAACCAAAAAUAGAAGAGCUGGAAAAGAAGGUAGAUGACAUUCCUAAGGGAGAACCCAAGGUGGAGCUUAAAGAACUACCUUCAAAUCUCAAGUAUGUGUUUCUUGGAGAUGAUCAAACAUACCCAGCCAUUAUCAAUGCAUUGUUGUCUGAAGGGGAGGAAGUAAAGUUGAUUGAGAUAUUGAUGGAAGAGGAGGUUAAACCAGUGAGGCAACCACAGAGAAGACUCAAUCCUACUAUGAAAGAGGUAGUGAAGAAGGAAGUGGUGAAGCUGCUUGAUGCUGGAAUGAUCUAUCCUAUUUCAGAUAGUGCUUGG